GUAACGCAUACGUUGCAUGUACUGGACACGGCUUAGAUCGUGUGGUGGAAAGACAUAAAAAUCGAAGGCUCUGCGCGAGAGGCUGGAUUUGUAAAUGAUGGAAAAGAAAGGAGGAUCAAGGGACUUUAGGUUCAUCGUUUAUUUUGUCUUAGUAGCACUGCACGGACAGCAGGCUUUGGCGGAAUUGAGAUACUCUAUUCCUGAGGAGGUAAAAGAAGGAACUGUUGUUGGAAAUGUGGCCAGAGAUCUUGGUCUGGACAAAACCUCGAUUGUCGAUCGAGGGUUCCGCGUCGUAUCUGGAUCUAAGGACGAUUUUUUCGAGGUAAAUCCUGACAGUGGUGCUUUAUUUGUUCAUAGGAAAAUCGACCGAGAGGAGCUUUGUCAGGGAAAUGGUGCAUGCUUGAUGGAGCUUAAAAUGCUGGUUGAAAACCCACUGGAAAUGCACCACGUCGUUAUAGAAAUUACGGAUGUAAACGACCAUUUUCCCAGUUUUUCUGAAAAGCAACAAAUAAUUGAAAUAGGAGAACUAACAUCUCCGGGAACGCGAUUUCCUCUACACGCAGCACGUGAUCCCGAUGCUGGAGUUAACUCCAUCCGCUCAUACACGUUAACGUCAAAUGAACACUUUGAAAUAGAAAUUACUCAAAACGAAGAAGAGAAAACGCCGUUUUUGGUGCUGAAAAAAUCGUUAGAUAGAGAACAAAAAAACAAGCACUCGUUAAUUGUCACAGCGGUCGAUGGAGGUAAACCUCAGAGAACAGGGACCCUGAAUGUUUCCAUUAUUGUUCUUGACAGUAAUGAUAAUCGUCCAGUGUUUAGUCACGAGACUUAUCAAAUUGAAAUUUAUGAAAACGUCCCAGUUGGCACUACUGUUUUAAAGGUGAACGCUGUAGAUCCAGAUGAAGGAACUAAUGGAGAAAUUGAGUACAGUCUGAGCAAAACACUAGGACGCAAAGUGUACGAUAUAUUUGAACUCGAUAGAGUGACUGGACAGAUUACAGUUAAAGGACCUGUGGAUUUUGAAGAAUCGCAGAUUUAUAGAUUCGAUGUAGAUGGAUCCGACAAAGGAACACCACCAUUAACAGGAAGGUGUAGCGUUAUUUUAAAAAUUAAAGACGUCAAUGAUAAUCCACCAGAAGUAGAAGUCACAUCACUGUCAAAUACAGUGCCCGAAAAUGCAAAGCCUGGAACCGUCAUCUCUUUACUCAGCGUGACAGACAGAGAUUCUGGUGCUAACGGGAAAAUCAUCUCACAAAUAACUGAUCAAGUUCCUUUUGAACUGAAGCCCUCUUAUAAAGAAAACAUAUACUCUGUUGUUACAAAGGAAUUUUUAGAUCGAGAAAAGAUGUCACAAUACGAAAUAACGAUAAAAGCUACAGACUGUGGUGAACCUCCUUUAUUCACGGUUAAAACAUUAGCCAUUCAAUUAUCAGACGUAAAUGACAACAGCCCACAAUUCAACCAAAACCCACUUGAGUUUUACCUGGUGGAAAAUAAUAUAGCUGGAGCAUCUAUAUUUGCUGUAACAGCGUGGGACAAUGACAUCAAUGAGAAUGCUGGGAUAUCUUAUCAUAUUGGUAGAGGAGGGACAGAAAAUGACGCGACAUCUAUGAUAAGUAUUAACCCAGACAAUGGACAAGUAUCAGCUCUGAAAAAGUUUGACUUUGAGACUCUGAAGACGUUCCAGUUCCAAGUCGUGGCCUCAGACUCUGGAACUCCGUCACUGAGCAGCAACGUCACAGUGAACGUGUUCAUCCUGGAUCAGAACGACAACGCUCCAGUCAUCCUGUAUCCAGUCAGCUCCAACGGUUCUGCUGAAGGUGUGGAAGAGAUUCCCCGCAAUGUGAACGCAGGACACUUGGUGACUAAAGUCAGAGCCUAUGACGCUGAUAUAGGAUAUAACGGCUGGUUACUGUUCUCACUGCAGCAGGUCACUGACCACAGUCUCUUUGGCUUGGACCGCUACACAGGACAGAUCAGAACACUGCGCUCAUUCACAGAGACAGACGAGGCUGAGCAUAAACUGCUCAUACUGGUCAAAGACAAUGGCAACGUCUCACUCUCAGCAACAGCUACUGUGCUGGUGAAACUGGUGGAGCCCAAAGAGGCGUUUGCAGCUUCUGAUGUCAAAAGUUCAGCAAAACACGACGAGGAGAAUAAUGUGACUUUCUACCUGAUGAUAACUUUGGGCUCAGUUUCAGCACUUUUCCUCAUCAGCAUCAUUGUGCUGAUUGCAAUGCAGUGCUCCAAGUCCACAGACUAUACUUCUAAAUAUCUGCAGGAGCCUAAUUAUGACGGGACACUGUGUCACAGCAUCCAGUACAGAUCUGGAGACAAGCGCUACAUGUUAGUUGGACCCAGGAUGAGUGUAGGAUCUACUAUAGUCCCAGGAAGCCACGCAAACACGCUGGUGCUUCCUGACAGGAGGAGAGCAUCUGUAGAGGUAAGAUGUUUAAAAUCCACUGCUUUGUUUACAAAGUCAUAUCGCUGAAUAUGGUGGUUCCUC